GUGUUUUGCGAUAUUAGGCGGCAGUAUAUUUGACUGUGGUUAUGGCUUGUUUUGCUUCAGCGAAUGUUUGAGAAAUAAGAAUGAGUAGAGCUGGAUGUCGAUGCGGUUAGCCGCACAGCUAACUUCAACUACACAAACGACGAAAAAAAUCAAAUAAAUAAGCGACUUUGAAUACAGAAAUAUUCCAGAAUAACUGGGUUUGUGUCAAAGAAAAUGCUAGAUGCAAUGUUUUUGGAAAGUGGAUGGCCAUCACAGGACCAGAAAAGAGAAUCAGAAGGUGAACAGGCUCAACAAUGAGGCCCAGUCACCACAAUCUCAACACUUGAGAUCAUCCCCAUAAAAAAGAGAGGAAAACAGCAUGGCUCCCGAUCGCAAUUAUUAUGGUAUGGGAAUGACAACAAGGCUGUGAGGGAUAGACUACCAUAUCUUCAAUGGCACAAAUGACGAGCUUUGGAGUUGAAGCUGAGAUGGAGAAGCAAUAUUCAGAAGGCAGCAAAACGGUAUCUUCCUGUGCAACCCUACAACUGGGAGAUGGCAGCCCCACAAAUGAGCAUAACAAUGACCAGAAACCAGUGGAGCAGGGAUCCCCAGAGAGCCCUUCAACAAUUAAAAGAUGGGAGAUUGGUCCACUUCUGCAGUCAUUCAAAUCCAAGAUGGCUAGCUUUACUGAGAUUGUCAUGAGCCCUGUUCGACUUUUUAAGCCCAGUGACUCACUGUCCUCAACCAGAUUUCCCGAUCAACAGGAACAGUUAACAACAGAGUCAAAUGAAGAAAGUUCAACCAGGACUGAGGAGAGUGAGACUACUGGUGAUAAAUGUAAAAAUAGGUUGUUUUCAAAAAGGCCUUCAUCAGAAAGAGUACAGUGUAAUGUUGCUCCAAAACGCCAUAGAGUUGCACAGAGACUGAAUUUUGGUACAAUUUCAGGUAGCAACAAUAAACCAGAACUGUAUCAUAUUAAAUUGCACAAUGAUAUAAAGGUUGCACCAAAUGAAGAAAAUCAGAUAGACCGUUCCUCAAUCCAGUCACAAGCUGUCCUUCAGGAUGGAAUAAAUUAUUCCAGUCCUUGUAAAGCACAAAGUCCAUUUCUCAGGACAAGACCUAUUCCGUCCUCUGACAAACCUUUGAAUGAAGCAAGUGCCAAAUGUAAGUCUUGUCAAGCCAAUGUACAAACUGAUGAAACUGUUGCUCAGCAGCGACUAAUAGGUGAGAGACAGACCCAAAGCAGUGAAGUUGAUGAUAGUAUCACAGCCUGUGGACAUAGUAGUGACUCCUACUUUUCAGAGGAGGCAUCAGAUCUUUUGAAACCAGAAACAAACUCUGUAUUUGCAAACAGCACAAAAACAACUUCUUUAAACAAUGGUUCUGAAGUCUCUUCUAGUAUUUAUUCUGUUUUUCACUUGAUUGGUGAAGACACAAGGAGACGUAGUGUGUUUUACAGUGAGCAAUCCAAUUCACGGAUGGCCAUUAGGAGAAGCCCUAGAAAGUCGGUGAAACGUCUGUCAAAGACUGCUGAACCCACCUACACUGAAUUGGCCACUUUUGUGACAGGACCAAAGACUCUGGACAAUGACAUGAAGGAAUUACAGUCUGAAAAUGUUAUGGAAUGGACGCAUCACUCAGUUAAAAUAUCAGACCGUUUAAAGAGCACUUCUGUUGUGGAAGUGAGGGCAAAGAGAUGCCGAGAAGUACCUAGAAGAGAGGCAAAGAAAGUCUCGCUGGCAAGGGGGAAAUGUAUUUUGCAAAACACUGAAGAGGAAGACCUAAGGCCUGCGAAGAAUAAAAAGGUCAAAGACAACAACAUCACUUUGAAAAAGCAUCAGGAGGAUGCAAUAACUGUUCAGAUCAGGAAAAAGAGGGAAGGGACUUCUACAGCGCAACAGCUCCAAGCCUCAAAUAUGCACCUCAGUAUCAGUAAUACUAUAGAUGUUCAUAUGAGAAAUUCUGUAGUGUCUGUGACCUCAGAGUCUUGUGAAUCCACAGAGGUUAAACAAAUAAGACCAGAAAAGACAGUAAAAUGUAAAAGAAAAAAUUUAAAAUCUGGGUUGUUACAGACCUCUGGCAAUGAAACUGAUACCACUGAUACUACAUCCUUCCAAAAUCCUACAACAAAUUCAAUUGACAAGAGCUUAGGCUGCAACAAUUUGAAUACCAUGUAUGAUUGCAAUUAUGGAGAUUCCAGACCAUCAGAGCCUUCAAGAUUGCAGCACCCCAUGCAGGCACAAGAGACUUUUGAGAAUAUUGUCGAAUCUCGAAAGACAAGACAGCAUUUUCUUAAAAGUGCAAGAGGUGCAGCUUUCCAAAAGAGGAAUCUUCAUCCACCCAAGCAUAAAUUUGAGGACUACAGUACGACUUCAGUAGUUGAUCCAGCAGGACCCAGUGAACCUGCAAAAAGAACAGUACUUCAGAACAACCAGUUUUGCGAUGAAACUCAAAGGACUAUUAUUGCAACUGAGGAGCAGGAGUCAUUUCUGUCUCCAGGGGUACUUAUGUCACCAUCAAUGCAGCCUGAUUCAACAGCUCCAUUGCUGCCAGAAAGAAGGCUAAGAAGACCUACAAAGAUUCUGAAUAGACAAAGUAAAAAACAUGCUUUUGCUGGAAAAAGGAAAGGUUUUAUUGCAAGUGAAGAUGAGGCAGAGACCCAAGAAAAGACUGUGGAAGCCAUUCCGGUAGUAUCGUCGUCAGGUAGCAGCUCCAACCGUCUCCUGCGCAGCUACUCCUGCCCUGAAAUCCCUUCCCUAUUAUUCAGUGACUCUCGUUUACCCCUGUCCCACACGCAUGACAACAGUACUACCUCACCACCCAAAAAGAGCUCACCCAUUCCACUUUCCACCCAUUUUCACUCUCCGUCCAAGCGUACUCGCCGGCACACUGUCUGUAGUGUGGAGAUAGAGCGAGAAAUUGCCCCUCUUUGUCUCCGUAAGGAGGUGUACCCAGCUACAAGGGGUGGCCACCACAGUGGUCCCUCUUCCCCUUACUCUCCCUCAAUCUCUCUCACGAACCUUGCCUCUUGUUUUUUGUCAAGUCCUCUAGCCUUCUUGUCUAAAAGCUCAAGCCAGUGGCGUAGUCAUGCUAGCGACACCAGCACUGGCAGCGCUCAUGCCGUUGCCUCCCCUUUUACAUCCAGUUUUGUCAAGUCCUCAUCGCCAUCCUCCUUCAGUUCCCCCUGUACAUCCACUCUCACAGCCUGUCAUGCUUUAACCGGCCCCUCCACUGUUGUCACUCCCAGCCCUGAGACUCCUUCUGCCUCUGUGUCAUCACUCUGCAGUGCAUUUUCACAAAGUUCUUUGGAUGGAGACAAUGGGAUGCUUCAGAUGGAGUGUGAGGAAGCAAUGGAUGAACAAGAGAGAUCAAACUUUGGCCUUCAACUCUCAAAUACAGCCAUCUCAGAGGAAAAAGCAUUAUCAGACUCUGAAAUCAAGACAGAAAUCAAGGAAGGUCAUCUGGGAAAAGUGUCCUCUAUUCGUAUCCGUAAAAAAAUUCCAAAGCCUCAGAAUAAUCUCACCCCUAUGGGCCUUCCUAAAGUCAUCAGAAUAAAGAAGAAGGAUUUUAGCUUGGAGGAAAUCUACACAAACAAAAACUUCAGUAAACCUCCUGAUGGACGUUUGGAAACCAUUUUUGAGGUGCCUCUUAACCGGCGAGAUGGCUCUCAGGCUAUAGUAGGCCAAAAAAAGGUAAAGCGCUUUGUUGAAUUCCCUGAACUGGGUGUUGCCAGGAAGCCCAAGAAGCCUCUGGUUGGUGGAACAGCAGGGGGUGGAGCCCAGAGGAAAGCAGGAGGGAACCCUGGGUUCUGUAGAACCAGGCGAGGUGUUGGGGCCUCUUCUAAAGUGGAGGAUGGGCUCAACUUGCAGGAGUUGGAUUCACUCCUUUGCUCCAAGCUUGAGGAACUAGACAACUGGACGGCACUUCAGCAAGUUGCAUGCUGAGGCAGAGAUCUUGUUUGUUCUGUACCAAACAGGCUUCUUUUGCAUUUUGUUCCAUGACAAUUUAUGUAAUCUACUGUAAAUUCAUCAAAGCCACAUUAAACAAAUGCAGAGAUGUAAAAUGUUUUUGAUUUCUAAUGUACUGUAAAGGUAAAGAGAAAUAAAUGUUGAUGCUUUAUAUAUAAUUUACAAGGCCAUUUUCUUUUGUUGAUUGGUUCGAUAUAAAAAGUAUACCUAUGCGAAUAGGUAACUUUACAACCAGCACUGUUUCUCCUCUGUUUUGUUGUUUAUAACCAUUCAAAGGAAGAACACUCGUUUACAUUAAUCUGUGGUACAUGUUUAUAAUGAGCAGUAUCGCUGAUACCUGCUCACUACAUCUCAAAAUCCAAAAGUGAGACUAGAUGUAGAGUCCCCAAAGCACACAUUAAUAAAAUACACCAUUAGCCCCUCAGUAUAAUUCAGACAACAUUUUAACUUGUCUUUGGUUGAAACUGAAUGCCUUAAUACACUCGUAGGUGUGUGUUUGAAUAUUUUCAUUAUGUUCAAGAAGACAGCACAGUGGCCUUUGCAAAGUUGCAGUGCUGCAUUGAGUGAGAAAAUUGUUGCAUUGUUCAAGUUUUAAAUGUGCUGUUAAUUUAGAAACGUAAAGAGUUGUGCUUGACGGUUUCUGUGGUUUUACUCAGGUACUCCGAACGUAGAUCACUUCAUUUUGGCUUUUGAUCUCUUUUGAUGUAAAGUUUUAGUACUUGUAUUGUUUAAACACGUUAAUAAAAAGUGGAUGGUUUGUGUGUAAUGUUUCAUAUUUUGUAAAGAUUUCUUGGGUCUUUAUUUCUGAUAGAACAUGUUUGUGUUUUAUAUUAUAGUGUUAAGUCGUUUGUAAAAAUUUCACAAUGGAACAGGUGUAUUUUGACUGUUACAUUUUUUUAUUGUGAAGUCUGAAAGACCUGCAAUGUACAAAACAAAGUACAACUUACUGAAAUGAGUAAAAAUUAUUUACAAGGAGAGAAUGUUAAUAAUGUAACCAAAUCCAUAUCUCAAUAUUGAAUAGAUACUUGUGCAAGAGUGUCAUGCUCUCUGUAAGUGUCUCAGUGUUUAUUUCAACAUUGCAUAAACUAAAUAAAAAAAUAAAAAACA